CAAUUAGAUGACAAACUGGCACAAGCGAAAGAGCAGGAGCAGCUUCGAGAUGGUGUUGAACAGAAACUUGAUGAGAUCAGUAAGCGGUGUGAUGAUUUGCAGAGCAAUAGAUAUAUUGCUGCUCAGGAAUUAGUGAUCGCAACAGAAGAUGUAGCUUGUCUGCGUUCGUUGCUUGAGCAAAUUCCAAUGGUGCAAAUCGAAAGUAUCACGCAGCGUCAGGCAAAAGAACAGUUAGCGAAGAGAGCGGAUACUGUUAAGAAUCAGAUUAGAAAUUUGCUCAUUCCGCUUGAAAAAGAUGUACGGAAAGAGCAGGAACUGAUGCGUGAUUUACAUGAAAUGCUUUCAACAUUAACCGCUAUUGGUGAUGAUGUGAUUGCCAUUGAUCCGAAUGUUGAACCAUCUGAGAAGCUGGAAAAUAUUGGUGAGCUUGCCGAAAAUUUACGUCAGUUAAAGGGGAAAGCCGAGAAACUGGAGGAAAAGUUACGAAUUGCAGAAGGUUUGGUGAAACGUGCGCCAGUAACAGAUGAUUUAUCGGCUCGAGUUACACAGCUACAAAAUGCUCUUGCUGAUAAGAGUCAGCUAUUAACGAUGCGUAUCAAACUACAAGCAAUAGCUCCAGAAAUAAGCUUAAUUACAGAAAGUAUACAAAAUCGCGUAAACGAAAUAGAACAGUCACCAGUGCAGACGGUUGCCGAGCAAAAUGCUACAUUGAGUGAAUUGGAGGCAAAGAAACGGCAACUUGUAAGCCUCGUUGAGAACAUUCCACCUGGUGAUGAGGGCAAUGAGAUGCGUGAAAGAAGUAACUGGCAAUUAAGUCAAUUGAACGAUUUGCUGGCGCGUUUGGCUGCUGCAGUUGGCGAAAAGCUUGCAGCACUUGCAGCAUUCAAUGCAACAAAAGAUGAAGUUGAAGCGCAAAUCGCCUCAUUGCCCAUUGUAGCGGACGAUCAAAUUGCUACUGCUACCGUUCAUGGACUUGAUAAUCGUUUACAGGAUUUA